AUGUCUAUUCCAUUCCUAAAGCUUCCAUCUGUAGUCCAACUCGAAGUACUGAGACAACUGGAAUUUCAAGAAGUGUUCUUGUUGAGUCUGUGCUCUGCGAAAUCAAAAAGAGUGGCUCAAAGUCUGAACAUGAAACCAAAGAAAAUUAUGUAUGCAUUUUAUGAAAAAGGAGUUCAAGCUUUUGCGGCGUAUGAUCAAUAUGUUCAGAUAAUACAUGGUGUCGCUAAUCUGAAAUUCGUUCCAUCCAUUCCUAGUGAUCAGAUAAGACCUGUGACGCUAGGAAAAAAUGAGAUUAUUUGCAAAUUCGUUAAGGAAUUUUCAACAAGAAACAAUUUCGCGCACGCUUUACACUGCCUUGAAGAGCACUCUGCUUUGGAAUCUCUCCAAAGUCAUAUGAACUACUUAUUCCGUGACCAACCACAUGUUCAACUACAUAUCAGUUCACUUUGCUCUAUGUAUCAAUCUGGAAUUAUUAAAAAUGUAACUGGUACAUAUUUUGAUAUAAAUGAAUUGAACACGGAGCAACUCGAAAACUAUAUGACCAUUCAUCCAAACCAGGAUAGUAUUCAGUUAACCACCAAACUUAUUGGACCACCGUUUGGAAAUGACUCAAGAUUAUGGGCUCUCAAAGGAUUAGCUUUUCGAAAUAUAGAAGAUGCAAUUUUGGGUAGGGAAAUAGACGAAAAGGGUUCGGAAAUAAUGAGAAAUUUUGGUGGAGAGUAUUUGCUUAUGUUCGAUAUAGUCUAUGAUAUCAAAGACUGGACACAUGUUAUCAGAAAUUGGAAAUCGAAAGUAGCCUAUCAAAAUUUGAAAUGUUUGUAUACAGCGGCACCUGUGGGAACUGCUAUCGAACAUGUCAUGUCGGAAUUCAAUUUUGUAAAGUGGGAUGGUCAGAGAAGACCAAGAAUUGCAAAAUGGGAUCCGAAAAUCAUCUAUAUAAAAACGAGUUUAUCUGGAGGACUCGACUGCACCGACUGGAUGGAUAUUCAACAGGAUGGUGGAGGGAAAUGGGCUUCAAUUGAGAUGACAGAUAUUCAGAUAUGUUUUGUUGUGUGGGAUUAA